AUGAAAAACAACAAAUGGAGUUCUGACAUUGAUAAUCAGGUAAUCCUGUUCUUUAAUCUUGAACCAAGAAAAAUCAAAUUUCAAAACAUUAAAACUUGUUACUGGAAUCCACCUAGUCCUGGUUUUAUCAUGUUCUGCUAUGAUGGUGCUUCAAUUGGGAACCCAGGACUUGCUGGUUUUGGUGUAGUAAUUAGAGAUCAUUUGAGUCAAGUUCUGGGGGUUAUAACUGGUGGAAUUGGUAGUGCUACAAACUACAUAGCAGAAGUGCAUGCAGUAAUAAAUGCAAUUGAGUUGGUUGUUGAAUGGAAGAUGCUCAAUGUAAUACUAAAUUCAGAAUCCAAAACUGUCAUAACAGAAUUUGAAAAUAACCAGAUGCCCUGGUUUGUGAAAAUGAGAUGGCAGAAGGCAAUGAAACAUGUUCAGUCAAUUAUAUUCUUACACAGCUACAGGGAAAAAAACUUUGCAGCAGACACAACUGCAAAGAAAGGUACUAGAUUGGAAGCAGGACAAAGAAAUGUCUAUCAUGGAAGACCACACUUUCUAGCAAGGGUAGAGCAACCAAAUGUGGAAUACUAUAGAAUCUGUUAA